ACGAGGAAGUGCUAGAAUAAACGCGUGUGUUUCAUUUCCUGAAACUCCUCUCUGGUUUUCGGGGACAGCAGCGCAGGUGAAGCUGGAGAACUCGCGGGAUGAAGCCGCCAGCUCGGGUCCAGGGCUCUGGAGCGGCGACGCCGCUGUAGAUGGAGCCAGCAUGAGCUCGGAGCUGCUACUGCAGGAGACGCUGAUCAAGCGCUCGCAGCAGAAGAAAAGGACGUCGCCGCUCAACUACAAGGAGAGGCUGUUCGUCCUCACCAAGAGCCGGCUCACGUACUACGAUGGAAGAGCCGAGAAGAAGUUCAAGAAGGGCUCGAUCGAGCUGAGCCGCGUCAGAUGUGUGGAGAUCGUGAAGAGCGGAGGAGGGAGUUUUAUCCCCUGCCAGAACAAAUACCCCUUUCAGGUGGUGUACGACACCAACACCCUCUACGUCUUCUCCCCGGAUCAGUCCAGCAGGAGCGUUUGGGUCCAGAGCCUGAAAGAGGAGAUCAGAGACAACCCCGGGGUCUUGCUGAAGUUCCACCCCCGGUUCUGGCAGGACGGGGCGUGGCUCUGCUGUCGCCAGGCAGACAAACAGGCGCUGGGCUGCGAGGGCUACAACCUGUUCGGAGACGUGUCAAGAAAACCUUUACCCCCGAUUCCUGGAGAGGAAAACAAACGUCGGCCCGCCCCGCCCGUCCCAGACCCGCCCGUCCCAGACCCCGAGGACUGUGACGAGGAAGACGAGGAUGAGGACGAUGAAGACGAGGAGGAGGCGGUUGUGGUGGAGGCUCUGUACGACUUCCCGGGAAUGGAGCCACACGACCUGAGUCUGGUCCAGGGAGGAGAGUACGUCAUCCUGGACAAGUGCGACGUCAACUGGUACAAGGCGCGCGACAAGGACGGCGAGGAAGGCUACAUCCCCAGUAACUACGUGACGGAGAAGAAGUCGGGAAACCUGGUGCAGUACCUCUGGUACAGUAAACAGGUGAACAGGAACAAGGCGGAGGAGCUGCUCAGGAAGGAGGACAAAGAAGGCGCCUUCAUCGUCAGAGACUCCAGCACCCCGGGGACCUACACCGUGUCUCUGUACGCCAAGUCUGUCGGAGGCGAGGGCGUUGCAGCAAUAAAACAUUACCACAUCAAGGAGAGCCACGGCCCGCCCAGACAGUUCUACCUGGCUGAGAAAUACCUGUUCAACUCCAUCCCCGAGCUGAUCGAGUACCACAAACACAACGCAGCAGGUCUCGUGGCCAGGCUGAGGUAUCCUGUGGGAGAACAGGACAAGUUUGCUCCCUCCACUGCUGGAUUCAGUUACGAGAAGUGGGAGAUCAACCCCAGCGAGCUGACCUUCAUGAAGGAGCUGGGCAGCGGCCAGUUCGUGGUGAGGCUCGGCAAGUGGAGGGCUCAGCACAAGGUGGCCAUCAAGGCCAUCAGGGAGGGGAGCAUGUACGAGGAGGACUUCAUCGAGGAGGCCAAGAAACUGUCCCACCCUAAGCUGGUGCAGCUGUACGGAGUCUGCAGCCAGCAGCAGCCCAUCUUCAUCGUGACGGAGUUCAUGGAGCAGGGCUGUCUGCUGAACUUCCUGCGGCAGCGGCAGGGCAGCUUCAGCCUGGGCUCCCUGCUGAGCAUCUGCCUGGACGUGUGCGAGGGCAUGGAGCACCUGGAGGCCCACGGCUUCAUCCACAGAGACCUGGUAACCGACAAAAACUGUCUGGUGAACGACGCUCUGGUGGUGAAAGUGUCUGACUUCGGCAUGACCAGAGUACGUGUUGACGACCAGUACACCAGCUCCUCCGGGGCAAUUCCAGUGAAGUGGUCGCCGCCCGAGGUCUUCAACUUCUGCAAGUACAGCAGCAAGUCGGACGUCUGGUCCUUGCGGUGAGCAACACUCACGUGCUGGGGGGUGUUCAUGUGGGAGGUUUUCACCGAGGGUCGCAUGCCGUUUGAGAUGAACCUCAACCACGAGGUGGUUACCAUGGUGACCAAGGGUCACCGCCUGUACAGGCCUAAGAAGGCCACGCCCGGCUUGUAUGACGUCAUGCAGCUCUGUUGGUGCGAGAAACCGGAGGAGCGUCCGUGCUUCUCGCAGCUCUGCGUCGAUCUCUCCGACGCCCUGGAGAGCGACGCCCUGCCAAACCUGACCGCACUGUUGCCGUGGUAACCUCCCACCCAAACGGAGACGGCAGACGCCUCCAACGCAACGGUGCUCACCAUUUCACAACGGCCAACCAACGCGAUGGAGCCGUUAGCUCGGAGGUUAGCUAGUCUGCUGAGCCGCCGUGGAUCCGUCAAAGGGCGAGAAGCCUCAGGAACUGCUUUUACGAAGCUUCGCUUUCCAUCCGGUCGUGUGAAUUCUUCUCAGGACAGUUUAGGGAUCUCACCAAGUAACAAGAAGAGAUUAUUUGUGUUUCUAUUGAAUUCAAUCACAUCAUUGAUUAUUAAUAUUAAAGUACUUUCCAGGGGAAAUUCAUGAUUUACUUGUUCAUUUUUGUACAAUUCACUUCAGACGGAGAAAAAAAUCUUAGUUAUUUGGGCCACAUUCCUGUGUUGAACAUGGGAAGACUUAGUUUCAAUCCGGAGGCCCAACUCAAGCCAAGCAUCAAUUUCUUAACAUUGGCCGCAUAGUUUGAAACAAAGGAACCUCCAUAACGACUCAAAGCCCCGCCGGCUUUGCAUCUACAGCCCUGGUGAUGAGGAAUAAAACCUCAUUGGGCAUAAACCCCAAAACGCAGGCCGUCAAUUGGGUACGGCUAAGGUACGGCAGCCG